AUUCCACCUCCGGACCCCGCCGUCGCCAUUCCCCCACCACAACCGUCUCACGAUGCGCACUCCAGUAUUUCGGACAUUCCAAUGUCUCUGCCGCGCUUCAUUCGCAUCGACGGCGUCGAUCAAUGCCACCGCUAAUGCCACCACAUACACCUGCCGCCGCCCUGCCACACAGGGAAUCCGCACGUUCACUUCCACCUCCACCACCGCCUCGGGCCACAGCCGCUGGUCCAAAAUCAAGCACGACAAAGCCAAAGUCGAUGCACGGCGAGGCGCGGGCUACUCCAAGCUGAGCCAGGAAAUCAGCUUUGCGGUGCGCGAUGGAGGCACCGAUCCCUCGAAUCUCCGGCUCAAGGCCGCCAUUGAGGCCGCAAAAAAGGCCGGCAUGCCGAAGGAUCGGAUAACCACGGCCAUAGGGCGCGGACAGGGCAAGUCUGCCUCCGGCGUCGCGCUGGAGCCCGUAUCGAUCGAGGCCAUCGGCCCCGGAAAGGUCGCGCUGGUCAUCGAUUGCUCCACGGAUAAUAAGUUGCGCACGCUACAGGAUGUCAAGUGCAUCCUCACCAAGCACAACGUGCAGAUUACGCCGACGGCCUACCUGUUCUCGCGGAAGGGACUCGUGCGUAUUUUAGCAGAGUCGGGAGGACAUACGUUUGAUACCGUGCUGGAGACCGCCCUGGAGAUCGAAGGGACUGAGGACGUCGAGGAGGUGGCCGAGGGGGAAGAUGGGAAACCCGAGAUCUUGAUUACCACAGAGCCGGCGCAGAUCAAAGUGGUCGCUACAGAAGUGAAAGAGAAGCUUCCGGGACUCGAGAUCAUCACCUACGGCAUCGAGUGGGUGCCGAACGAGGAUACCAUGAUCGAAGUGGACAAAGAGAGGACGGCCGAUUCGCUGGAAGAAUUGCUGGCAAAGCUAGAAGAUGUGCCUGAAGUUAACGACAUUUAUACCAAUGCAAAGGCAUGAGAGAAUAACCUUUAUUCUCUCAGUUGUAGACGGCACGAGAUGGAACGUGUAUAUUGCUUGUACCAUAUACUUGACGAUAGAGCAAUCUCAGCCCCAC